GACCUAUUUAUUGGUGGAUCCAAGUGAACGCGAGGAGCGUGUAAUGGAUGGUGUCCUUAUAAUUGCCAUGAAUAAACAUCGUGAGAUUUGUACUAUCCAGUCCAGUGGAGGAAUUAUGCUGGUAAAGGAUCAGGUUCUGAGAUGCAGUAAAAUAACAGCUGUUAAGGUUGCAGAAAUAACAGAACUAAUUCAAAAAGCCUUGGAGAAUGACCAGAAAGUCAGGAAAGAAGGUGGGAAGUUCGGCUUUGCAGAAUCUAUACCGGAUCAGAAGAUCACUGCCUUCAAAAUGGAAAGCGCUGCUGUUGAUACCAACAACGUGGAAGAGCAAGCGGAAGAAAUAAUUACUAAAGCUGAUCCUCCUUCAGAAGUUUUUGCCAAACCAAUAUUGCACACUCCUGGGACAGCCCAAAUUGGGGAAGGAAUAGAGAACUCCUGGGACGACCUUGAAGAAUCCGAAAAGGAAGAUGCAGCAGAAGAGGAAGGUGAAAGCGAGGCUACUGCUUUGGAAUGCCAGAAAAUGGAAACUGAGGAUGCAAGCACAAUGAGGGAAACCAAGAAUGAACCUAUUGUACUGUCUGACAGUGAAGAGGAAGAGGUUGUCAUUCUGGAACCACAGGAACUACCAAAGAAAACCAGAUCACAGACCAACUCAAAACAAGAAAAUACCACUAAGAAAGCAUUUAGCAAAAGGAGAAAAAAGAAGAGAGCUGCUCCUUAA